UUUUUUUUUUAAAUUUCGGCAUUUACUGGAUUCAAGCCCAUUUAAAUCGUCAUUUAUUUCCGCACAAAUUGGACUUUAGAUCUUUAAGGGUCCAUUUAUAAUCGUUCGAUUAAGAGAGUUAUUAAAACCCUAAACCCUCAAUCCUUGUUAUUCCAUUUCCACCACUUUGAUAGCGCUGGUGGUCUAUAUCGUGGUCAACUUCCGGCUUACGUUUCCGUGGUCGACUCCCGCCUCUCCUUACGACGACCUCCACUCUUAUAGGUUGCCUGGUGUAAAGCAGGUUUUGAUAGCAUAAAAGGCCAAAAAUGGCGACUCAGCAAGAAGGAGAAGGAUCUCAGGAAACCACAAGUACUCCACCAGCUACCUUAUUGGAACUGGUGCAGGAACGAUAUCAGAAAAUGAAGGAGCAUGCUGAAACUUAUCCUUAUGUGUGGGCAUCCUAUACACUUGUUUAUGGUGGUUUGGCACUUUGGACAAUGUAUAGAUGGAGAAAACUUCGGAAAACUGAGGACAGAGUGCGAGCUCUUCAAGAGAGACUCCGCAAGCUUGUUGAAAAUGAGGAAUCAGGAAAGUCUGCUACAUCUGUUAGAAAGGCUCCUACAUCUGCUGAUAAAACGCCCAAGUAGUUAUAUGCUUAAGUUUAGUUUCUUUUCCAAUUACAUUCAGAAUGGGAAUGCAUUACCAAGGAUUCUGUCAUGUUGGAUUUCAAUUGCAAUUCUUUUAAAACACAAUCCCCUACAGUGGAAGGCUGAAUUUUAUUUAUCUAUGAUGACAGAUA